UUUUUCCCUCUGUUCUUUUCUUUUUGUCCUCGAUCGAUAUACUUCAAAUCCAUUGUGCUUUUUUGUACUCAAAUUACUAGCAUCCGAGGUGUCGCAUUUCCAAUCAGGCGAUCAUGCGAUGAUGUCCGAGAUCUGAGCCGACAAGGGGCAGUCUGUCCGACUUGACAACAAAUUAUUCCUGAGACUCCAACUGAUUCAAUUUUAUUCCCUCAUUCCUUGCAGAAUUUCACCUUCAAUAUUACCCUUCUAACGUAACUUCUUUGAGUCGUCGAACGGUCACCGUCAUUAUCAUCGCAAUGGGAAACGCAAUCUCACUCCUCCGUCUCGCACUGGCCGAUUUCAUGGAGACGUUGCGGGGAUACCAAGUCUUGAAGGACAGUCUGCAGCGCUCGCCGGGUCUACCAGUGGUCGACGAUCCCACUGGCACCACCAGCCGAUCGUUCUGGAUGCAUCCGCCUUCGCCGAUCGCGAAACACUGUUCGGAGAUACCGGAUUAUGCUGAUUUCGUCAUCAUCGGCUCUGGCAUUACUGGAACGUCUGUUGCGAGGAGGUUAUUGCAAGGGUGCAGGGCGGCUGGUUGGGACAGUGUGCGGGUUUUGAUGCUAGAAGCCAGAGAUGCGUGUUCGGGUGCAACGGGGAGGUAUGUACGCCAUAGCAUAUGUGCUGGUCCGAGUCUGUGGGAAGUGACACUCCCUCACCCCCCUAUCCGCUACAGAAACGGCGGACACAUAUCGCCGCCUCUAUAUCACGAUUGGGCGGCAUUACAAAAACAGUACGGAGACGUCUCAGCGCAGAAACUGAUUAAAUUCCGGCUUGCACAUCUCCAGGAACUCCAAAGGGUCGCGGAAGAGGAGGGCAUUCUAGACAAAUCGCAAUGGCGAGCGGUCGACUUGGUGGACGUGUAUUAUGAUAAGCGGUCUUUUGACAAAGCAAAGGAAAAGCUGUCAAAGUAUCAACGAGACCUGCCUUUCGAAGCGUCGCAUCAUCGUGUGUAUGAGGCUGCAGAGGCGAUAGAGACGUUCCAUCUUGCAGAUGAUGUUGCAGGGUGUAUUGCUGGUGGUGCAGGCGCCAUCCAUCCAUACAAAUUUGUAACUGGCAUCCUUUCGAGCCUCCUCAAGCGAUAUCCAGACAACUUUUUCCUCUGUACGAACACACCUUGUGUCUCUAUAUCGAGUCCCUCAGCUUCUACCUCAUAUUACACCGUGACGGCGACCAAAGGAAAAACACAUACCCCACACGUCAUCCAUGCCACCAACGGCUGGUGCGCACACCUCCUCGAGCCGAUGCGCGCCAAGAUUGUGCCUAUCCGGGGUAACAUGAGCGCACAGCGGCCGGGACAGUCACUCCUACCUACGACCGUCUCGCAUGCGUACGUGUUCUACCCUUCAUCGGGAGGAUUCGACUACCUUACCCAGCUCCCGAACGGGGAACGUGAAUUGAUGCUUGGAGCCACUUUCGCACAAUCGACGGGAUAUGGGGAAGUUGGGAAUACCGACGACAGGGUAUACAAUAAAUCCAUCGCGGCUCGUCUGGGAGGUGUACUGCCGAGAUAUUUCGGGGAGAAGAAUUGGGGUGCUGAAGCUCAACCCGCUGAUGGUGAUGACGACGACGAAAACCCGGGAAUUGGAUGGGAUCAGGGCCGAACCAAGGCAAUAUGGAGCGGUAUCCUUGGUAUCUCGGUCGACUUGAUGCCGUGGGUCGGUCGCUUGCCAACGGCGGCGUCGGGUCGUCCCGAACCUCCUGUAAUACCAUCAUCUCCCCGAGUUUUAGGGGUAGGCGCCAAGAGGGAGGAUGAGGUCUCCUUCGGGGCAGCCCCUGGGGAAUGGAUAGCAGCAGGUUACACUGGCGAGGGAAUGGUACAUGCAUGGCUAAGCGGCAAAGCGCUUGCGGGGAUGAUUUUAGGGACGGAGAAGGAAGACAAGCUUGCGGAGUGGUUCCCUGAGGCCCUGCGGGUGACUCAUGCCCGAUGGCGGAAGGCAAAGCUAGAAGCACUCGCGGCUAGUGUUAGCGGGGAGUGAUAUAUUGCAGGCAGAGGAUAACGAACACAAAAUUACCGAUGCGACGUAUAUAUGCAUGUAUCACGUUGUUUGAACGGCUAGUCUUUUUUGCGUUGCAACGGGAUGGACUCG